AUGUGGCCCCCCGGCACAUCGUGCCUUGCCGAUAUCUCGCCGUCUACGGGGGAUGCCAUCAUCAACCUGCAACCACGACCCUCCGACGAUCCCAACGAUCCCCUCAAUUGGACCCCGUGGCGCAAGUACUGGAACAUGGGGCUCGUCUGCUUCUACGUGGCGAUGGUCGCAGAAUUCAUCAACGCCAGUACGCCCACCUGGGGCCCCAUGGAGUCCCAGCUCGGGUUCAGCGAUGAGAUCAUGAAUGACAGCUAUGCGGCUGGGUGUGCAGGGUUGGCGGUUGGCUCCCUCGUCUUGAUCCCGUUUGCGCUCAAGUUUGGCCGUCGACCGUUGUAUCUCUUCAGCACGGUGGUCCAGUUUGGAAUCUGCAUCUGGUCGGCCAAGAUCCAGACGGUGGGGGACCUCAUGGCCGUCAACGUGAUCCAGUGCUUCUUCGCGAGUCUGGCUGAGGCCAUCGUGCAGAUGACCAUUGCGGAUCUGUUCUUUGUGCACCAACGGGGCAGGAUGAAUGCUCUGUAUGUCUGGACGUGGCUUCUCUCCACCUACCUCGGGAUUCUCGUGGCUGGGUUCGUCGCCGAUGGGUUGGGAUGGCGAUGGAUCUGGUGGCUGAAUGCUAUUAUUUCCGGGGUGACGAUCUUCGUUGUCGCCUUUGGGUAUGAAGAGACCAAGUUCUGCCCAGGGCCAUUUGAGUCCGCCACGACGAAUCUGCAUCCGAAGCCAGAGCGACGCGGAGAAAACCGGCGCGAGACCACCCCACGGCCCGCGCUCAACCCUAACAUUCCCAUGAAGACAUACUGGCAACGACUUGCCCUGAUCACCCCAACGACUUCCUCUGGCGCUGCGCAUGACACCUUCUUCCAACACAUGUUUCAACCGCUCGUCAUCCUGGCGACAAUCCCGGCCAUCGCGUGGACGGCACUAGUCUAUGGGAUCUUGGUGGCCCUGGGCGAUGUCAUGUCGACCACGAUGUCCACCUACCUACCCCAGGCGCCCUACAACUUCUCCACGUACGAGGUCGGUCUCAUGAGUCUACCGCGGAUGAUCGGCGUCACGAUCGGAGCCAUCAUCGUCGGCCCGCUGAGCGACUGGUGGAUUGUCCACCUCGCUCGCCGCCGGCACGGCAUCUUCCAACCCGAGACGCGGCUGUGGUGCAUGAUCCCCUUCCUCCCCUUCGUCGUGGUCGGGGCCCUCCUUUUCGCCAUCGGGCUCAGUGACCACCGACCUUGGCCAGUGAUUGCCGUGGGGCUGGCCUUGUACAACAUCGGCGUCACCCCGAUCAACACCCUCACCAUCACCUACUUGACUGAUUCAUACAGAGACAUCAUCGGCGACGCCCUGGUGGGUGUCACCCUCACGCGCAACACGUUCAGCACGGUGUUCAUCUUCGCGCUGUCGCCGUGGGUCGCGAGGGUGGGGCUCAAAGAUACUUUCGUCACGAUCCUCGUCCUCGCUGUUGCGAUUCUAUUGGUCUUCGUGGUCUUUCUGCGUUAUGGCAAGGCGCUUCGGGGCUUCUCGGCUUCGCGCUAUCUCUAUUAUGCCGCUCGGCAGUAUAAGGAGAGAUCAGGUUAG